AUGUCUAGUCACUAUUUAGCAAUGUCCGCCUACAAUGGCUUUUCAAACUUCAUGAACAACCAACCCGGAUCGGCGCCCAGCACCUCCGAAAACUCCUCCGGAUGCUCUUCCCCGCCAUCAUUCCGCCUGGGGGAGAAUCAGACAGCGCCGUUACCCGAGAACGCUCAACAGCCAACUGGGCUUGCGGACGAAGAAGAUCUUGGCGAAGAUGAUGCGCUCGAAGGCUGUUUCCAAUCCAACCCGACUGACUCCAAGCCCCGCUCGAAUUAUCACCCGUACGCUAGAAACGAGCCCAAGCACCCCGGAGGCCAGGGGUCGAAAUUGAAAGCCACGACGGCCGAGAGACGAGCUACUCACAACGCCAUUGAGCGUGCCCGCCGGGAAUCUUUAAACGGCCGCUUCCUCGAGCUCGCUCGUGCCUUGCCAACCAUGCAGAGCGUCAAACGCCCCAGCAAGAGCGUCAUUGUCAACAAAAGCUUGGAAUGGAUCUGUGAAUCUCAGGUCCGCGAAUACGAAUUGGCACGCGAAAAUGCCUUUCUUCGCAACCAGGUCAACGAAUUACGAGCCCAACUUCAGAUGGAACCGUUGCCACCGACCCGCCUAUUGAUGGGCCAAGGCCAGCAAGUCCCUUACGGUCUCGCUGGUGCCCAUCACCCAGCUGGCCCCACUAGGCACGAGUCGAACCGCAACUUCAGCUCCGCUGGCCUGUACCCGAUGCCAAACCAGCAGCCAGUAAUGACCCAACGUUCGAACAGCAUUGGCUCGAAGCACCAAGCCGGAUCUGGCUCGAAUCCUGCCGAAGGACACUCAUCUUCCCCGACUCAAUCGGCGAUGAGCCGCCAACCCGCGCCCGGCCCGUUCUCAGCCCGACCGGCUCCCAACUACCUUUCGCCGAAGAGCGUGUACGAGUCUAGUGAAGGAUCGGACAGGACGCUCGAGGAAGGCAAAGGUCCAGGGUCUCAAUCGUUUGGGCCGAAUCAGGCCGGCGGCGACGAGAAAGUCUCGUCGAUCUAUCUCCCCGGCCUCUCGAUCCACGCCGAGUCGGGCUCGCCCUUCCAGAGCCUGUCCGAGCCCGAAGGCCCGUUGAGCACCGCGGGCAGUUCGCCGAACCGUCUGCGCUACUUCUCGAGCUCUGGCAGCUCGGACGGCAGUGACAAGAGUCCUUCUGGGAUGGAUUACCCGAGCGCCACUGCUGGCUCGUUUGGUGGCGCGCGCAAGUCGCUCAUCCAAGCCUCUGUCGACCAGCUCAACCCCGGUGGUGGAGGUGGCGGUAACGGGGGCCAAAUGGAGAUGGCCACGGGCGGGACCAACCACCCGAUCGUCGCUGGCGCAGGAGAAGUCCCGCUCCCGAUCGAGCCCUUCGAAGCCCUCCAUCCCUCGCCCGGCCACGCCUCUAACGCCCCCCCUUCGAACACCCUCGCCGGCUUCAUGCCCCCCUCCGCCGCGUACUCCGACCUCCCCGCUCAUCUCACCCAGCAGGACCUCUUCGCCGCCUCCCUCGCUAAUCUGCCCCGCCACGGCCUCAUCAACGGCUCCAUCCUCCCCGGCCAAGCUUCGUUCCCUCACCAGCUCGGCUCCCAUGAACUCUCUUCCAAUGGGUUCUCCAUCGGCGCCCCCUGGGUCUGGGGCUGA